AUGAUAGUACGCCAAAUAUUUAUAGGACAGUGGGAUCGCCAAGAUGUGAAGAAGGGUGAGAAGAACACCAUUGUCACUUCUUACAACCGAAAUUUUACCGGAAGAAACGACGCAAAUCCUGCUACACAUGGCUUCGUUACUUCUCCCGACAUUGUGACUGCACUCGCCAUUACUGGUCGGCUCGAUUUUGAUCCUCGAAAAGACCAGAUUACUGCGGCGGAUGGCUCGAAAUUCGUGCUGAAGGCUCCAUCGGGAGAUGAUCUCCCUCAGAAAGGGUACGAUCCUGGCGUGGAUACCUACCAACAGCCAUCACAGUCCGGAGAGGUUGUUGUCGAUCCCAAAUCAGAGCGUUUACAACUCCUCCAACCAUUUGACAAGUGGGACGGCAAAGAUUUGGAGGACAUGAUUAUUCUCAUCAAAGUUAAAGGAAAAUGCACGACUGACCACAUUUCGGCUGCUGGACCAUGGCUGAAAUACCGAGGUCACCUUGAUAACAUUUCCAACAACUUAUUCCUAACAGCCGUGAACGCCGAAAAUGGAGAAAUGAACAAGGUCCGCAAUCAUCUUACGGAUUCAUUUGGCACCGUCCCGGAAACUGCUCGCUAUUACAAGGCACAUGGAGCGAGUUGGGUAGCGAUUGGAGAUGAGAACUACGAGACGAAUUUGAAGAAACAAGGAAUGCUCCCAUUGACAUUCGCAAAUCCUGCUGACUAUGACAAGAUUGACUCUGGUGAUAAGGUGUCGAUCGUUGGUCUGAAGGACUUUGCACCUGGCAAACCGCUGAAGGCCAUAAUCAAAAAGCCAAACGGCUCCAAGGUUGAGAUUUCACUCAAUCACACUUUCAACGAACAACAAAUAGAAUGGUUCAAAGCAGGAUCUGCCUUGAACAGAAUGAAGCAGGUUCUAUCCCCGAAGUAG